CGCCAAAUCUGCACAAGUCGCCGACCCCAACACAAUUCCACCCCCCCGGGAAGAAAAGAAACAGUAUUUCGACUUUCGACUUUCGACCAUGGCUGCCGAGGAGCCGGCGAAGCUGUUGCUGCCGUACCUGCAACGAGCCGAUGAGCUUCAGAAACACGAGCCCCUCGUCGCUUAUUACUGUCGACUAUAUGCGAUGGAGCGAGGAUUGAAGAUACCCAAUGGAGAACGAACCAAAACCACCAGUGCCCUUCUUGUCUCUCUCAUGAAUCAGCUUGAGAAGGAUAAAAAGUCACUGAAGUUGGGACCUGAAGAUAAUCUGCAUCUGGAGGGAUUUGCCUUGAAUGUGUUUGCAAAGGCAGACAAGCAAGAUCGUGCUGGACGAGCAGACUUGAAUACGGCAAAAACAUUUUAUGCUGCUAGCAUUUUCUUUGAGAUUCUAAAUCAGUUUGGUCCCCUUCAGCCUGAUCUUGAGCAGAAACAGAAGUAUGCAGUCUGGAAAGCUGCUGAUAUAAAGAAGGCUUUGAGUGAAGGAAGGAAACCCACCCCAGGCCCACCAGCUGGUGAUGAAGAUUUAUCAGUUCUAUCAAGUACACCUAGUGGUACAUAUGAUCUUGGACCAAGUGAACCUGCUGUUACUAGUCCUAAGCCAGCAUCUGACCAAUCACCUCAAUUGCAAGACCGAGUUAGUGACCAGCAUCAUACUAACAUUGCACCUUUGCCACAGUUCCAUGAUGUGGUUGAUAGCCAGCAGUUUUUGAAUGUUCCACCAUCAACUCAUUCCUAUCCAUCAGCCAGUUACCCUUCUCAUGAUUCUUAUCCGCCUCCUUCAACAAAUAUGUCAGAAAAUUCUUCAUAUCUUCAGCCAUACCACCAUCAAUCUUAUCCACAAGAACCUCAACAGCACUUGCCUCAUAUCUACCCAUCUCAUGAAGCUCCCGUGUACUCUUACCCUAAUUUCCAGUCUUAUCCAAGUUUCACUGAGAGUAAUGUACCAUCUGUGCCAUCUCAUUAUCCUUCUCACUAUCAAGGCUCUGAUACUUCGUACUCUGCUCCUGUCCAGUCAGCUCCUCCUACAGCAAGCUACCCCUCAACUUCCCAAUACUCUUCAAGUGGCAGAAAUGGGGCCAUCUCAGAUCCUGAUCCUGCACCAACUCCAGCUCAGAAAUACCAAUACGAUAGCAGUUACCAGCCACCAACUGAAAAAAUUGCUGAGGCACACAAGGCUGCUAGGUUUGCUGUUGGAGCAUUGGCCUUCGAUGAUGUAUCAGUUGCAGUCGACCACUUAAAGAAGUCACUUGAAUUGCUGACCAAACCAUCAGCUGGUCAGUAGUUUUUUAUGCUUGAGCUGGAGCUGUUUGGGUGUCCUAAUUUCUUCAAAUCUCAUAGUCACGCUUUUCUAUCUUUAACAUAUUUUGACUGAGAGAUUGAUAUAAUUUCCAUGAUUCUCAGGCUUCCCAUGUCUUUGGUUUUAUUUUUGAGGUCAAGUUAUUUUAAUACAGUGACCUAGAUGCUAAUAAAGCAAAUCUUGCUGUAGAGAUACUUGUAACUUUUAAUUUAAUAUAUAAAGUAGUAGCAA